GGAAACACGCAGCAUGAGGGACAGAGUGGGGGCUCUGGGCACCCGCCUCGGGAAGGUGAAGGGGGCAGGAGAGGACUCAGACAGGCUGCUGUGUGGACUUGAAGGAGCACGGGGUGAGACCUCUUACCCUUCCUCCUGGAUGCGUACGCCUGUGGUUGAUGCAGAUGGAAAUUCACAGAAUGAGUUAUCGACGGAAGUGAAAAAUGCUCUGAAGGAUGUCAGCCUCUCGCUUCACAACAGUGACAAAGUGCUUCCGUGUUGGGAAGAGUCAUUAAGAAGUUCAGCUUGCACAGCAGCCCAGAGCAAGACUGUGGCUCUGUCCUGGGCCCCUGCAGGAGAGCGGUGUGCCGGGGUGUCCUGUGGUGAGGGGGGAGCACUGGGGGGAGCCUGGCCCGGAGGAUGGUGCUGCAUAGGAGAGCCGUGUGGGUCGGGACUACCGUGCCUUCAGAAACGGUCACAAGUGGGGAUUUCUGAGGAGGAACCGCCAAGUGCUCUUCUGGACGGGCGAGGCUCUGAGUUGGAACUGUCUUGCCCGCGCUUUGUCCUGUCUACACCGCUGCACGCGCACCCCAAAGUAUUCCCGAGCGAUGAGACAGAAUGUGUUUUCUUUGGCCGCUCAAAGCCUGCGUUUUCCGAGCAAACAGAAUACAAGAAAAUGCUUUCACGUGUGAAAAGUACCUCAGCCGAUCUGCAGAUCACCCUGGGGUUACUGGCUCUCCUGGCUUUGGGAGUAGCAAAUCCAUUACACCAUAGUUAAGGUACAAGCAGAACAAUAAAAAUAGUGAGAUUAAUUUUAAAAGCGGUUUUAGAAUGAUUUCUUUCACCCUGAGUCUGGAGGCCUGUUACCAGGGCAGCUGCGAAGUUCCCGCCUCAGUCGAUGUGAUCAGAACUAAAGGAAGUGGACUUGGAACUCCUGGGAAGUUGGUUGAUGUGGGAGAAUUUUGAGCAUGCUUUAAAUUGUGCUCGAAAGAUACUCAGUAUUGGGCUACGGCUUCAAGGAGGACGGUCACGUACCCUGUAUCAAUAUCGGGUUGGAACGUGGAGAUGUAACAAAAUGCUUUAUGGGUCUUCAGCGCUCAUUGCCAAGGGCUCCUGUCCCAGACACUGUCUCCUCGGGCCAUCUGCCCCUCUGCUGGAAGUGGCCGUUGGUACAAGUCAGCCCCUCCAUAGUUGAUGGUUAGCUGUCCCCGUUUGCGCAUUCUGUAGAAUAAUGUUGGUCUGCAGCACAAUUUGAUUCCUUUCCUCACGUCCCCUCUCCUUCCACUUGAAACGCAGUCUAAAUGGAGGCCCUGCAUUGAAAGUUGCAAUAUUAAAUGUACUUUUAGCAUAAUCCUUUUUCGAACUGGGAGCCCCACCUGUGUCGCCUGAAAUAAAAGCAAGCUUAGGACUUCUUUGCUGCAGCUCAGCUAGGGAGAGACGGACCUAGCCUUUCCCUUACAGGAAGGUUCCAGUUCUUAGGAGUGGAGGCAUAUACUAAUGUUUUUUUUCCUGAGGUAACACCUUGGGGUUGUUGAUAACUUUGAUAAAGGUCACUUCAAAGAGUGUGGAGUUUUUAAGGAGUCCCAAAGUGAGACCUCACUGCUUUCGGGGCUCUUGAUUGCCUAUAUCCGUCUGUGUGCUAAAUUACUAUGCUGUGUGCUGUUUCAGUGUUUUGGGAAAGUGAAAACUUCAAACUUGUUACUUAGCAUAAUAAAUGUCUUAUUUUAAGCGUGUA